CUUCUUUCGUGUACAUUCAUCUUCAUGAAUUCCUGGAGAACUUUGAAGCUUACAAAUGCAUAGCUUGAAAUGCGUAUUUCUUGCUAACUUGAUCAUUGCCUUAUAGUAACAGAUGUAAUGUUUAACGAUCAUUUAUAUAGGAACUGGAAACAUCGUUUAAUACCAAUAAAGGAAUGGUCUAUACACAGUCGCACGGACAUUCGUUGGUGUUCCUUGCUCGACACCGCAAGGGACCAUUUAUAAGAAGAGUCGAAGACCCGCCCUUGUUUCGUGAGUGAGGUGAGUGAGCGUGAGCGAAGUGUGAAAGGAAAAUAAUUAAAUUUACAGAGGAAAAUAGGAAGCCUUUGCGAAUUACCCGCAUUGUGUCUUUUUAUUUAUCGAUUUUGUGGAGUAUUUGAUUGAAGCAUGGCUGUAAAUGUAUAUUCAACCAAUGUUACUUCAGAAAACCUUAGUAGACAUGAUAUGUUAGCAUGGGUAAAUGACUGUUUGUCCUCAAGUUUCACCAAAAUAGAAGAAUUAUGUACUGGAGCGGCAUACUGUCAGUUUAUGGAUAUGCUUUUUCCUGGAACUGUUGUCUUAAAGAGGAUAAAGUUCAAGACUAAUUUGGAGCAUGAAUAUAUACAAAACUUCAAAAUUUUGCAAGCGGCAUUCAAGAAAAUGAAUGUUGAUAAGGUUAUUCCUGUAGAUAAGUUGAUUAAGGGAAGGUUUCAGGAUAAUUUUGAGUUCCUGCAGUGGUUUAAAAAAUUCUUUGAUGCCAAUUAUGAUGGUCGAGAAUAUGAUGGAUUUGAAGCUCGUGGUGGCAUCCCUUUGGGCAGUGGAAGUCAGAAUGGUAGUCUCCAUCAAUUGCCAGUGGUGCCCGUCUUAGCAACUCGACCUACUAGGCCACAGGCGCGACCAGCUGUCAUGAGGCAGCCUGGAGGUGCUAAAAUUGUACCUAUUGAUAAACUGAUCAAGGGGAGAUUUCAAGACAACUUUGAAUUUCUUCAAUGGUUCAAAAAAUUUUUUGAUGCAAACUUCAAGGGACAAGAGUAUGAUGCCCUUACAAUACGUGGGGGGGAACAGCUUGGUAAAGGUGGUGACAAUUUUCCGAAAGGUGCUGGAAGAACUGGGGAGCGUGUCUCCAAGCCUCAAGGAACUGUUGCCAGUGCUGCCAAGCCUGUUGGGAAAGUUGGCAAUGCUGGACCAACAUGUGGUAAUUCUGCAUUGUCUAUGAUGCCAGGUCCAAAGGUGCAGCAACCGACACGACCUCAAAAUCGCACUGUUGGAAGUGCUAGCAAUACUAAGAGCAAUGAUUCUAGCAAGAUUGAGGAACUAAAUGCGCAACUGGUUGAUUUGAAGUUGACCAUGAGUGGAUUGGAGAAAGAAAGAGAUUUUUAUUUUGGAAAGCUUAGAGAUAUAGAGCUGAUGUGUCAAGAAGAUGAUAAUGAAAAAAAUCCAAUUGUGGCUAAGAUAUUAGACAUCCUGUAUGCUGUUGAAGAUGGUUUUGCUCCUCCUGAUGAGCAAGAUGCUCUACCUGAGGAUGAAGUGUAUUGAACUUUGUGCCUGCAUGCAUGAUACCAUUUUGGGGGAAGGAAGAAGUUGGGAGGGGGAUCAGGAUUGAAACCCAGUUAACUGGUCAUGGUAGAGUUGAUGUAAGUCAAUUCAAUAGCAGUUUUGUCUUCAAAGAGUACUUUGUUCCAUAUCUCAACUGGAAACUUGUAAGUUGUUUCUUGUGCCUUUUCUUAUCCCUAUACGUUGCAUCACUUCAAUAAAUUAAUUAUUAAAAGAAUUUAUUGAUUAAUUCAAUAAAUUAAUUAAAUUAAUAAGAUAUUUUUGAAUAAAUAUGUAUAAUUUGUUUAAUCGUACUAUGUCUUGUGUUUGUAUCUGAAAGUGUUGUUGUGUAUUUUAAACGUGUAAUAAAUCUUGUUCUCCGAUGCAACAAACGAAAAGUUGUUUCUUAUGUGACAUUGUUUUUUGUUUCUCUUAACUGUAUUAAAUUUGAACUGUCAUCACAUUCAUCUGCUAUAGCUUUGCGAGAUCAAGUGUCUCAAGACAGGCAAAAGCUAUCAUAUCUGUUAAAACAAGAGUAAAGUCCACUUUAUGUGAUCCAUUCUGUCACCCAGUUUAUAAGGAGAUUAUUUGCUUUUGAAACUACUUCUGGCAUGAAAAAUAUGAUCUAGAUGUACUGAAGUUACACUAGAUCAAAGAAGUUGGUAGCCUUGGUGCUUAUAUAGAUGUUUCUUGUGAAAAAUGUUUUCAGAAAUGUUCCGUGAUCACAUACCCCACAAUUUUUCAUGUGUUCCACAGAUUCUCAGUAAAUUGUCAUCUUCAACGUUUUCAUUUCAACAGAGUUUUGUUUUGAUCGUUGAUGUUGAAUCAAGAUGCAUAGAACUCGUACGAGAGAAGUUAGAACAUUAAUUGAAAGUAAAGAAAAUUUAAAUAAACGCUGUUUAUAUUCUUAAAUAUAAUCCAUGUCUGAGAAUUCAAUGGAACAAAGCUGUGAAAACUCAUUGUGGACUAAUUCUUGAAGGACAAUAUAUUUUAUUUGUAUGACUUCUGUAUAUUAGGUCUUGGUGGUUGAAAAAGGUCCUAACAAAUGGGCAUGGGUGAGAAAGUGGAUUGUGUGAAGAGGGUUUUAUUUAAAUAUGUUUUUGUAUCCUAUCAGGAAUACACCAAGGGUUAAUGAAUUGUGUGCAGGGACUUUCCUAUCAUUCCAGGGCUGGUCCUGGACAUAAUGCUUGCUUUGUAGUGGAAGAAGGCUGUUAUGCUAGUGAAUAGGUUGCUGGCUCUGAGCAGAAUAUUUUUAUCUGGGCAAAAAUUCUAUAUGAGAAGUUGCUACAAUUCUAGCCACAAAUGAACAUGCAUUUCUGGAGUUUUGUGCAAUUUGUGCUUGUCUAUUUUUUUAUGGAAUGAUUACCCUGCUGAAGAGUUAGUGCCAGAUCUGCAUCCUGCAGAGACGUGUGCCAAUGUUUUGAGACACUCACCAUGUAAUUUGCACAGUAAGGGGGUGUGUUGAAGCAGUUCUAUUCAAAGGUGGUGAAUACCACUCCUUGCACUCUAUGUACUGUCUGCAACUUCUGUUUACUGCAAUAUACAAGUUACAUUUCUUGUGAGCUUAAUAAAUAAAAUAAACAAAACUUGUAUGAAUUGCAGUAGACAUCACUGUUAUUCAUUUUUAAAUAAGCUAAUUUAAUUUGACUAUACCAUUGCAAUUGUGUUCAUCCUCUUACUGUAGUUAUCAGAGUAUUUAAAUUCUGGAAGAGGAUGAUGCCACAGUUUUAAUGUAAAUUACUGUGAAUGGAACGUUAUUGGUUGAGAAUUUUGUUCAUGCAUAUUUCUAAAAGUUCUGCAAUGUUUACAAUUCUGUUGUACAAGAAACAUUUAAUAAAAAUAUAACACUUAGAAAUUGUCAGAAUUAGUUUUUACUUAUACAUAUAUAUUGAUGUUUUAAUCAUGCAUCCUUGUCUGCCAGACAUCCUUUCUGUUUAGCUACCUCAGGGUGCUAAGGUGGCAUGUUUUGGUGUGUCUGGUUGUAAACUGUUUGGUUGGUUGUUAAUGAAAUGUCAUUAAAAUUUGUGAAAUACUGUG